GACUUGCAAGGGAGAGAGCUGUUUCCAUUGCCACUCUCUCUCUCUCUCUCUAAGACUGAAAAACCAAGAAGAAGCCAAGCCCUUUUCUUGAAUUGGAAGCUGGGGGACGAUGGGAUCCAUCCGCGGCACGGCCGACCCCCUCUCAGAGAUGAAGGUCAGGAGUAUGGCUUUGGAUGCUCCCCUGGUAAAAUUGAGUUGAAUGGAGAGAAAUUUCGAAAGAGGGCCAAUGAACCAGCAGAAGGGCCACGAACAGUUUCGAUAUGCAAAUAUAGAUCCUCGAAAUCCAGGGCUCGGCUCUACUAAUCAGAGUUUCUUCCAUGAUCCAACGAGUACUAUCAACACCAAUAUGCGACCUCCAGAUUACAACAUGUCUGCUGGAGCCAGACCAGUUCUGAACUAUUCAAUUCAGACUGGUGAGGAGUUUGCGCUUGAAUUUAUGCUCAACCCCAGGCAACAGCUCAUUCCACCAGCUCAAAGGGAUCCUAGUAGCACAUCGGGCUAUAUGGAUCUAAAGGGCAUCCUUGGUAUAUCUAAUACGGGUUCAGAAAGUGGAUCAGACAUUUCUAUGAUCAAUUCAGUAGAAAAAAGCUUUGUACCGGAAUUUGAAAGAAAGAGCUCCUUGGCUAAUGAAGAGAGAAAUUACCACGAGUCCUUGCGGUCUGUACCAAGAUCCACCUCGCGAGGUAGUAGUAGUAGACUCAUUGAUAGUUCCCUUUCGGGAUCUGGCGAUUGUACAUCUGCGCGAGUGAAGUUCCUCUGCAGCUUUGGCGGUACAAUUUUGCCCCGCCCAAGCGAUGGAAAGCUUAGGUAUGUUGGUGGCGAGACUCGAAUUGUUCGGAUAAACAAGGAUAUUUCUUGGCAGGAACUUACGCAGAAAACUUUGGCAAUUUGUAACCAACCUCACACUAUAAAGUAUCAACUUCCGGGCGAGGAACUUGAUGCGCUGGUUUCUGUAUCUUGCGAUGAGGAUCUUCAGAACAUGAUGGAGGAAUGUAAUGUGUUAGAGGACAGAGGGACUCAGAAACCUAGGAUGUUCCUUUUCUCCGAUAAUGAUCUAGAGGAUGCUCAGUUUGGCAUCAGAAGCAUUGAUCGGGAUGCCGAGGUCCAAUAUGUGGUUGCAGUGAAUGGCAUGGAUUCAGGUUCUAGAAGGAAUUCAAUUGCUCUAGCAAGUGCCUCUGGCAAUAACUUGGAUGAAUUUGUAAAUCUAAAUCUUGAAGGAGAAGCCGGUAGAUUAGCUGGGGCUACGACUGAUCCUUUCAGAGUAGAUGCACCUACGUCCAGUGUUCAGUCUUCUCAAGUGGUGCCAACAAACUCAGCUAGCAAUUAUGAGUCUAAUUCACACUCUUACCAGCGGCAGAGAGUUAAUCAUGGAGAAGCUAGCCAACAUGCUUUAUCUGCUCCUCAACAUGCUGAGAGUUUCUCGGAUUUGGAAGGAAAGGGAACUAUUUCCUCAUCUGUCCAGUUCUUACCUGGCCAAGGAUCUACUUCUUCUAAUUUCGUGCCACAUGUGGAUAAUGUAAAUGCAAUUCCUCCCACUGUAAAUCCAGUAGCAACGGGAGGUUUGAAUGAAGAGCAUUUAGUCAGUGGCCAGCGCGCACAGGAUAUAGAAGCACCUGUGAGGGACACCAAACUGAAAAGAGACAGCUCAGGGAAGAAAACAAAUGGACCCGAUAAAGUUCAGCCCCUAGAGAAGGAAACUAAAUUUGAGGAAUUGAAAAUGAAGAGAGAGGGCUCUAUGCAGAAGAUAGACGAGACUCAGAUUGAGAACACUGUUUCCUCUAAACCCAGUGAGGGCCCUGUCACAGGAUACACCCACCGGGAAGACGCAUCUGGUGCUAAACUGGUUCCUGAGCUAAAGAGUCCCUUGCCCAAGGCAGUAAGUAAGAGGCCUCAGGAAACUGUACAGAGCUCAAUUGACCCUGAAGAUGCGAGGGAAGGGAAGAAGAAUCAAGAGGAUGACCCCUUCUAUGCAUCGGGUGGAGCGUUCAUGGGUAAUGGGGGAUCUGAGGCAGAUCCAACUGAGCUGGGCUGCAUAGAGCCACCUUCGAUGCCCCAGCGAGUAUUUCAUUCUGAACGAAUCCCAAGGGAGCAGGCAGAGUUGAGCCGUUUGUCAAAAUCUGAUGAUUCUUUUGGAUCUCAGUUUCUGAUUACUCAAGCGCGGUCUGAUUACUCACAGUCAACCGCAGAGGCAAUUGAGAAGCUGCAUGAUGCAGACAUGGCUUCUCAGGCUGAGCACUUUAAGCAACUUCCAAGGCAUGUAGAAUCUGCUUCUUCAGACAAUUUCAAUAUGGACAGGCAUAUGGCUGAAGAGGUGCUUGAACCAAUGCCGCGGAAAACUGAAUCAAGACCUCUAAAUUCUGCAGAUGACCACAGAAUGACCCAGGACAAAGAGAAGUACAGGGAAAUGGAUGCAGCUGGUCCUCAACAUCAAACAUCAGGUCGAGUAAUUCCUGGUUUGCACGCUGACAAUUCAUCCUUGAGGCCAUCUGAAUAUCUCUGGGAUGAAGUAACACCAAACAAGACCAGUGGAAAAACAACAAAGGCUCAUGCACAGCCUUUGACACAGACUGUCGAGCCUUCAGUUAGCGUUAGCAACCCAGAGCAUGGUGAUAUAUUAAUUGAUAUUAAUGACCGUUUUCCUCGAGAUUUCCUGUCUGAUUUAUUCUCAGUUGCUAGGCGUUCUGAGAAUCUCUCUGAUGUUAAUCCUCUGCAUAGUGAUGGAGCAGGGUUGAGUUUGAACAUGCAAAAUCAUGAGCCGAAGCAUUGGUCUUACUUUCGAAACUUGGCUCAAGACGAGUUCGUUAGGAAGGACGUUUCUCUUAUGGACCAGGAUCACAUUGGCUUCUCAGCUCCACUUGGAGAAAGCGAAGAUAGAGCUCCCAUUGACUACAGCUAUCCGCCUGUAAAAGCUGAUGGAGUCCAUGUGGGUGGUAUGGAGCCCAGGCUUAACUUUGAGGAGGAUAUUACCCAAGUGUCAUCUGGUGUCAUUGGUACAAAUGUGAGUAAUGUCCAUCCAGACUAUGGCACUUCCCAGCCCAAGGGGACUGAAAGUAUGUUGGAUGUAAUUCAUCCUACCAUACCGGAAAUGGAAUAUGAGGAUGAAAAGUCAGAAGCUCCUAAUAUUGGUCAAUCCAUUGCUGAUCUUUCUUUGGGUGACUUGGAUAUCAGUAGCCUGCAGAUUAUAAAGAACGAAGAUCUGGAAGAACUGAAAGAAUUGGGUUCUGGCACAUUUGGGACUGUUUACCAUGGGAAAUGGCGUGGAACGGAUGUUGCAAUAAAGCGCAUUAAAAAAAGCUGUUUCACUGGUCGUUCAUCAGAGCAGGAGAGAUUGACAGUGGAGUUCUGGAGGGAAGCUGAUAUUCUCUCAAAGCUUCAUCAUCCCAAUGUGGUGGCAUUUUAUGGGGUUGUUCAGGAUGGCCCAGGAGGAACACUGGCUACAGUGACCGAAUACAUGGUUAAUGGUUCUCUAAGACAUGUUUUGCUUUGUAAGGACAGGCUGCUUGAUCGUCGUAAGAGGAUUAUCAUUGCUAUGGAUGCAGCAUUCGGAAUGGAAUAUUUGCACUCAAAGAACAUUGUACAUUUUGAUCUGAAAUGUGAUAACCUGCUCGUCAACCUGAAAGAUCCAGCACGUCCCAUUUGCAAGGUUGGUGAUUUUGGCUUGUCAAAAAUCAAAAGGAAUACUUUGGUUACUGGUGGCGUCCGGGGAACCCUUCCAUGGAUGGCACCUGAGUUGUUAAACGGUAGCAGCAACAAGGUCUCUGAGAAGGUUGAUGUCUUCUCCUUUGGCAUUGUCCUUUGGGAGAUUCUCACCGGCGAGGAGCCUUAUGCCAACAUGCAUUAUGGAGCCAUUAUAGGUGGAAUUGUAAAUAACACGCUGAGGCCCCCAGUGCCAAACUAUUGUGAUCCUGAAUGGAGAUUGCUAAUGGAGCAGUGUUGGGCCCCGGAUCCUGUGGCCCGUCCAUCCUUCACAGAGAUCGCUCGACGCCUGCGUGCUAUGUCCACAUCCCAAGCCAAACCACCUACAAACCAAGUCUCCAGGUGAUGGAUAUCGAAGAUUGAAAACUCGGCCUCUUUUUCUUUUUGGUUGUUACCAUUAUUAAUCACCAUUUGUAAUGCCACGAGGUGUUUAUAGUGGGGACUCUACAGAAAAGUGUGUAUUGUACGGGAAGCAGAGAUGGCCUUUGUUCAAAAUGCCGGACUGUUGGGUAUUAAAGGUGUGUGCAUGGCUUGAAUGUGUAAUUAGACCUUUGGAGAAACCAUUCUCUGUACAACUAUUAUUUUUGUUUAUAGUAAGUACAGUUGUCAAAUAAAAUUAUACCCAUUUUGCCUUUUA